UGUGGUUCGAGGCAGAUUUGAGUGGGUUUAGCAAGGAGGUUGUUAUUGUGCAUUUUAAAUUCAUUUUCGUGGUAUUCACUUGAAAAAUUUUAACAUAAUUUCAUACCACAGCUAAAUAAGACCUCCCGUUACUUGAAAAUCGUAAUCUGGUAUUGUUUUAUCUGCUAAAAUAGUAAAUAGAAGACCUCUGAAUUAAUUCGAGGAGAAAACGUAUCGUAGAGAAACAAAUGAACAAAUCGGCAUUCACCUGGGUUACACUGUCCUUGCUCUUUCCUUUGAUACUUGCUAAAAGAAAUUUUUGUCACAAAACAGCGACAGUUCACAGAUGGGUCUCGCAGAAUGGAUUCCACAGAUCUCUGCAAACGAGUAUUCACAUUCCCUGGAAUCUGACGGGAUGCAUUAUUUUAUUGGAAGAGAAAUUCCCAUCAGGAGCCUUUGUCGAUCCUGAUGAGCUGGCCAGAGACAGGAAGAACGGGGUCAAUUGCGUCCUGCAGCACAUUGACGUUGAGGCAUUUGAACCAAAAAGCAAACCAUUCCGCGUCUACAGCUACAGCAUGCCCAUUACUUCAGGCCAAACAGAGGUGCGGAUCACCUUACCUUUCCAUCUUCGGUACCACGAAGCUGGCCCGAAGGACAAAGAAGUCGUGCUAGUCCAGCCGUCGCUUUUGGCUUCCUGUCCGUACCUACCCGGCGAAGUGGUGCAGAACUGUCCAGGGUGGUCUGAGGGGCCAGCACCGUGUGUCUAUUGCAGCCACGAGUUGUGUGACUGGACGCACCUCCCGUACUCGUCGAAUGAGUUGGAGGUCAGCUUGAACGUUCCAGUGGGAAAUUCAGACCACGGAGGAGUCGUGAUGGUCGUGACAGCUUUCACUUUGAUUCUAGCCACUAUUUAUUUGAUAUUUACUGUACAAAAAAGUGCAAAAAAGAAUAGAUAAACUACUAGUCCAAAA